GAUUCUGCGAACAGGCAAAAAAUUAUCACCAAAUUCACGUCGACCAGUAAGCCCCAAGUCAAUUUAUCAACCACAUCCCAAAAUCCAAGCGCAUUAAUCCUAUCGCAAAAAUGGAGGCAUCAAAGGUCCCCGUCAAGCUUGUUAAGGUCACCCGUGUUUUGGGCAGAACCGGUUCCCGUGGAGGUGUUACUCAAGUCAGAGUUGAGUUCAUGGACGAUACCACCCGUUCCAUCAUCCGUAACGUCAAGGGCCCAGUCCGUGAAGACGACAUCCUCUGCUUACUCGAAUCUGAGCGUGAGGCUAGAAGAUUGAGAUAAAUUGUUGGUCAUACUUAUCAAAUGAUGGGAGCAUUGGGAAUUUCUUCAUGCAUUCAGGUGCAGGCUUUUGCUACGGCUAUGGGCUGGAUGUACGUUUGAUGAACAUGGAUGGAUCAGUUCAAGGAAAUACUUUCACCACAAAAUAACACGAUCGAUGAAUUCCCGGUACCUUAUUUCUGCGACAAUGUGCAAAUCUUGAGACGUGAGAGAAUUAUUCUUGUGGCCUUGAGGUGAUUUGGAGGAUAUGGAUCACGGAUUGCCGCAAUUUCACACCGUUUUUCGAGGGACUGGAAUACAAUCAUGAAUGUAGAGAGUCUAGAUUCAUGGGGAGGAUGCAAGUGCGAUUUUUGCAUUGCUCUUCACUUCUUGUUCAGCGUGCACCCCGCAUUGAAGUAUGGAAUCCGAAUACCGUGUUUCCAAUUUUAGGUCUGGGGAAUUCAAGCAAGUCUCUUCAAUCCACUCAACUUUCAUAUUUACCCAUUUACUUCCCCCAGUGCACCUUGAAGUCUUUGACCCCAUUCAAUAUUUCA